UUCUGCUGUUAAUAGGAUGAACACAGGUGAUGCGCCUGCAAGACAAACAGCCCCUGCUAUUGGGCAGGUCAGAGAUGGUAGAACAUUGGGAGCGCAAGGUGUUUCAGAGCAAACUGGAGCGGGUUCUCCUGAUGCAUUGAGGAAUAUGUUGCAGAACUUUACACAGAGUCCACAGAUGAGGAAUGCUGUCAAUCAGAUUGCUGAACAGGUUGACAGCCAAGAUAUUGGAAACAUGUUUGCAGGACUUGGAGGAGGCCAAGGUGGCGGGAUUGACAUGUCCAGGAUGUUCCAACAAAUGAUGCCCAUUGUAUCUCGAGCCCUUGGGGCUGGGGUCGGCCAACCAAACCCUGUUUUGGAACCUGAAUCUCAUCCACCAUACAAUGAGAGAAGUCUCAGCAGAGAUGAUAAUGUCCCAAAUCCUGAGAUUAACCUGCAAGAAGUGGUUCAGAGGAUUGGGAACCUGAAUGCACCAGGAGAUGUUUUUCACGCUGUAGUUGAAAAUGCAGUUGAGCUGUCUGGCAGAGGAAGUGGUCCACAAGAACUUGUGGAUGAGUUGUGCGGGGACGAUGGUCUCUCCAGAGAAUACGUUGAGAUAUUACAAAGGGACAUACGUAGACGUCUUGAGGGUAAUUCGGGGCAGGACAAGUGCUAGUAUUAUUGCUUUGCGGGUGUGUGUUGCUAUGGAAUAUGGAUUCCCAUUGUUGGUCGGCAUGUGGAAGUAGUGUGGGUUUGCUCAUGUUUUUACAAGCUGUCACUUGAAAUUUGUUUUACAGAUUGUUGAGAAUCUGAUGUACAAAUUAGGAUUGGGGAUUUGAUUUGCUUUGGAUAUAGUACCAUCUGGUUCGUUGUUGUGUGAACCAGUUUUAUAAA